AUGUUAACGUCACGGAUAGAUGGAGUUCAGUUAACUACAGGGCUGUCCCUAUAAGACUGUGGUGUAAGGCCCUUGGCAAUGUAAAUUGUUAACAAUUAUGUUGUCUUCCAUUUUCUUAUUUUCUACGCGUUUUUGUAUGUUAAUGAAUUGACCCUUUGUUUGUAGAUUUAUUUGAUAAUUUCCCGUAAACCCGCAUCCCACGUGCGAACACUAGCUACACUACGGCCACGAGAUGAAGAUUGUCCACCACGGCCACCAUAGUUGUGUCUGACGACAGAGUUGGGUAGCACCUGGGAGUCCCGCAGAAACAUGGCCGGUAAAGGAGGAAAACAGAGUCGCUCGGGUCCUGCUCUUUCAGGUAGAAAAGGCGCAGGUGACCAGGAGGAAGAGGAGCAGCCGCUGCAGGCCGUUUUAGUCGCUGACAGCUUCAACCGGAGGUUUUUCCCAGUGACCAAAGACCAGCCGCGGGCUUUGCUGUCGCUGGGUAAUGUUGCCAUGAUCGACUACACCCUGGAGUUCCUCACAUCCACUGGGGUGCAGGAGACAUUUGUCUUCUGCUGCUGGAUGGCCAGUAAAAUCAAGGAUCACUUACUAAAGUCAAAGUGGUGUCGGCCCACCUCUCCGAACACAGUCCACAUCAUCACCUCAGACCUGUACCGCUCCCUGGGGGAUGUGCUCAGGGAUGUCGAUGCAAAGAACCUUGUGCGCUCAGACUUUGUGUUGGUUUAUGGAGAUGUGGUGUCAAAUAUUGAUGUCAGCCAGGCACUGCAAGAGCACAGGCAGCGUCGAAAGAUAGACAAGAACAUCUCAGUGAUGACGAUGAUCUUUAAGGAAUCAUCACCUGGUCACAGGUCUCGCUGUGAGGAAGAUGACGUCGUCGUUGCUAUGGACAGCAAGAGCCAGCGGAUUUUACACUACCAGAAGACACAGGGGCUGAAGAAGCUACAGUUCCCCAUGAACAUUUUCCACAGUGGAAGUGAUGAGUUUGAAAUCAGGCAUGACCUCCUUGACUGCCACAUCAGUAUCUGCUCCCCACAGGUUGCUGAGCUCUUCACUGACAAUUUUGACUACCAAACUAGGAAUGACUUUGUCAGAGGGAUCUUGGUCAAUGAAGAGAUCCUGGGAAACCAGAUACACAUGCACGUGACCAAGGAUGGUUACGGUGUCAGAGUGUCCAACUUGCUCAUGUAUGAUUCGGUGUCAUCGGACCUUGUGCGGCGAUGGGUCUACCCUCUCACCCCCGAGGCUAACUUCACGGACCAGGAGGGACGGAGCUGCACGCACUCACGCCACAAUGUCUACCGAGGGUCUGGAGUCAGCCUGGGCCAUGGCAGCCAGAUGGAGGAGAACGUUCUCAUUGGCUGUGACACCAGCAUCGGUGCUAACUGUCACAUCUCUAACAGUGUCAUCGGUAACAAUUGCACUAUAGGUGACAAUGUAAUCCUGAACCAUGCCUACAUCUGUAAUAAUGUUCACAUUGCCAGUAGUGUGGUGAUCAGCCAGUCUGUGGUCUGUGACAAGGCUGAGGUCAAAGAAGGUGUGACGCUUAAUAAACAGUGUGUCCUGGCAUACAAUGUGGUGAUUGGACCAGAUAUCUCUCUACCAGAGGGCACUGUGGUGUCCAUGCACCAUCCGGAGGAGGAGGAAGAGGAUGACGAUGAAUUCCUCAGUGAUGAUGCUGAGGCUGGUCAAAGUAAAGACAAAACGAAACAGAAAGUUUUCAACCCAGCAGAGGUUGGAGCAGAGGGACAAGGCUACAUCUGGAAGGCCAGCAGCCUGGAUGAUACAGAGGAUGAGGAGCUGUCGCAGUGUCUCUGGGGUUUGGUGUUGAACCCUGACCCUGAGAGUGAAAGUGAGGACAGCGAGCCCGAUGGUCCUGACGAUCCAGUGAUCCCCUCCCCUGAGAUGGACGAUGUUAAAGUCUUCCAGAUGGAGGUGCUGGGGACUCUGCAGAGAGGCUUGGAGGAAAACAUCGGCUGUGAUAAUCUUGUACUCGAAAUCAACUCUCUCAAGUACGCCUACAAUAUCAGUCUGAAGGAGGUGAUGCAGAUUUUAACCAGAGUGGUUCUGGAGUACCCUUUUCAGCAGCAGGGGCCUCAGCUCACCACAUCACAAUAUGUUGCCGUGCUCCUUCCAUUAUUGAAGAAAUGGGCACCAGUGUUUAAGAACUAUGUGAAGAGAGCACAGGACCAUCUGGACUGUCUGUCUGCCUUCGAAGAGCACUUCCUGGAGCAGGAGAGCCACUGGGCUGCCAUGGUCAAGAUCCUGAUGAACAUGUACCAGCUGGAGAUCCUGGAGGAGGAGAUGAUACUACGUUGGUUCUCCCAGGGAGCCACCACCGACAAGAGCAGACAGCUCCGCAAGAACCAGGGGCUUCAGAAGUUCAUCCAGUGGCUUGAGGAGGCUGAGGAGUCCUCAGAGGAGGAAGGCGAAUAAUGAGCAGCGCUUGAAAAAGGACAAAGAGGAUUCUGUAAAACUUGAGAACU